AUGGUAGCAUUACGUCCACUAUUUACACAGAAGGGUACUGCUCCAGUGCAUCUCAUCUCAUAUGCAAGAUGUUACUCACGACCAUUUCUGAUUGCUCCGAGUAUUGCGAACUCCAUACAAAUGCAUAAUCCAAAGAUAAAUCAUUCACCAGAGCAGGCUCAUAAUAGGAAGUGGCUCCCAGCUAGAUGUGGAAUUCUGACCACUAAGAUCGGCAUGCUUCCUUUUUUCAAUGAUGUCACGGGGGAACGUUUAGCUGCGACGAUAUUGAAACUGGAUAAUGUAGAAGUAAUUCUAAACCGAACAAUGAAUGAAAACGGUUACUUUGCUGUGCAGGUGGGAUAUGGUAAUAAGAAUCCACAAAAGGUCACAAGGCAAUUAUUGGGCCAUUAUGCAACACAUUUAGUCAAUCCUAAACUGAAAAGUGCAGAAUUUAGAGUCAAGGAUGAAGGUGGGCUCUUGGAACCUGGAACAACAUUCAAACCUUCGUUUUUCAAAGUGGGUGAUUUUGUGGAUAUAAGGUCAAUUUCAAAGGGGAAGGGUUUUGCCGGUGUAAUGAAAAAGUAUGGUUUCAAAGGUUUGAGGGCAAGUCAUGGUACCUCUCUGAUGCAUAGACAUGGUGGUUCGUAUGGUCAGAAUCAAGAUCCCGGUAGAGUCUUGCCUGGUAAAAAAAUGCCUGGUAGGAUGGGUACUAACAAUGUCACAGUACAAAAUAUUGAAAUUUUGAAAACUGAUGAUAAAAAUAAUGUCAUUUGGGUAAAGGGUUCAGUUCCUGGACCAAACGGAUCUUAUGUCAGAAUUCAAGAUGCAAUCAAAAAAUUAUGA